AAAUUGAUGUAUACUUUUUGUUGAAGUUGAUAUUUUCCGUUCGAAUGAGAGUAUGGAGGUUGAGGGUUUCCUUUAUAUAGUACGUGGGAUGGGAAUUUCAAUUACAAUUGCACCCACGUCCAAUAAAAUAUUUUACACUUUUAAUUCGAAGCAAACUCCAUGACUCCCACUUUGCCACUCCCGUAUCUGUAGAGCUUCUGUGUCCAUUGUUUUCCUUCUCUCCAUCCAGAAUUAUAGAAUGGCUGAUACUUUCUCCGAUCUACACACAGAAUCUGGUCUGAAGGCCCUAGAUCAGUUCCUCUCAAGCAAAUCUUACAUAUCUGGAAGUCAUCUGAUGAAGGACGAUUUUAAGGUAUACGCUGCCGUGUUGGGGAAGCCGUUGAAUGAUCUUUACCCCAAUGCCAGCAAGUGGUAUGAAGCUGUUUCUGCAAAGCUUGCACCCAUCUUUCCAGGGAAAGCUGUGGGAGUAAGAAUUCGAGGCCAAGCGACACUCGCAGAAGCUGUUGCUCCUGCUGCGGAUGCUAAGACUUCUACUGCUGACGAUGAUGAUCUUGACCUCUUUGGUGAUGAGACGGAGGAGGACAAGAAAGCCGCAGAACAGAGGGAGGCUACAAAUGCAUCCACUAAGAAGAAAGAAAGUGAAAAGUCAUCCAUCUUUGUGGACAUUAAGCCCUGGGAUGACGUGACUAACAUGAAGAAGUUGACAUUUUUAGGCUUAGACUAUAUGAAACGACGCUACUCCACAUCGUUUCACUCUAACUUACAAGUUCGCACAUUAGUGCCAUUUCUAAUCUUGAGAGGCGUCCCUAACAGACGAGCAAUGCUGAACAAUGCCUCCCGAUUAAAGAACUGGAUCGACAACUCCGGCAAACGAACCCACACCAAAACAAUCGACGACUCUUUCCUUGGAUUAAAUGUUGGUAUCCAUUUAAAGACACGCAUGGGGAACCCUUCCACAAACAAAAUUGACUUGAUCCAAAGCUUUGUGUAA